CAGAAAAUAACAGUAGGUUUAGAAGUGGAGAAAUGUAAACUUGUUAUGGGAUCAAAAUUUCUCCAAAUUUAGUGCAGCCUUACCAGUUAAUUGCAGUACAGUACCAGGAACUCGUCAUUGAAGUGUAGCGACGCACAGAACACUGCAUAUGAAUAUAAGACCAUGUCAGAAUGGCAGGGUUUGAAGAGGUUGAACAUAUGGAGGUUGCUAUGGACACCUCAGAUACACCAUGGUGUUGGUUUUAUUUGGCUGAGUGUGGACUGUGGCAUAUGUUUGAGCUGGGUUCAAACUGCCAAUGUUCAGUGAGCAGUGAAGAAAUUGAAAGGAGUUACAGAAUGAAUGAACGAGGCAUGUCAUUCACUACUGCUAAAUAUAACUACAUGUUAGACUUUUCAGAGAUGAAACAAAUCAACAUGUCAACUGGAAAACAGCGUCCGAUCAAACGUGCUCUUUUCAGGUUGAUCAGCGAGGAUCAAGCCAAUCCUGUUCCUCCGUAUUGGGAGAAGGUUAAUACAGAGGAACCUUAUCAGUUAAUCCAUUUGCAGGAAGAUACCAAUGAAUACAAGGAAGUGGCUAGAUUUUUUAAAAACACAAUGCACGUCUGCAUUACAGCAAUCAAGAGAAUUCAAAACUUAGACUUAUGGGAAUUCUUCUGCAGGAAAAAGGCCCAGCUGAAAAGGCGAAACCAAGGUGCAGAAAUUGAAGAAAAAAUGGUGUUUCAUGGCACCAGUCAUGAGAACAUAGAAGCAAUUUGCACAAAUAACUUUGACUGUAGAUUAAACGGCAGCCACGGAACAGUGUUUGGAAAAGGAGCCUACUUUGCAAGAGAUGCAGCGUAUGCCGCAAAGUUCUGCAAAACAAGUGAAAACCAUGGAACAAUCCUGAAAAAACAUGAUGUUGUACCUAAUGUGUUUCAAGCUCAACCUCACUUUAAGUCAUUGUUCCUCGUUCGGGUACUUGUGGGCAGUUACACACUUGGAAAGACCCAUUAUUGCAGACCACCCUCGAAAGACAUGAGUUAUGUGAACUUCUACGACAGCUGUGUGGAUGAUGUUAACAAUCCAAAGAUUUUUGUGAUCUUUGAUAACAACCAGAUAUAUCCAGAAUACUUGAUAGAGUUUACCUAAUUGCACAGAGUACUGUAUGUUGUUAUUCAUAGACUUGAAUUUACUGGAACGUUUAAAACAGUUUUCCCAACACUGGAAAACUUUUUUUGAAGGAAAGCAGACUCUCCAAUAGACACAAUUUGAAUUUUACUGAAGUUUAAUUUUCUAAAGGCAUAUAUGGAAUUAUUUCCCUAAAUUAAAUGUUUAAUAUUAUGGUUUUGUUUUGUGCCUUUGGAAUAUUUCAUUGAAGCAGCAAAUUAUUUAUUGAUUAGUUAUUCAUAUUAUUUAUUUGUACUUUGCAAUUUUUUUUCACUAAUUUACUGUGUGUUCAAGCAAGGAAUUCAUUGGAAUAAUAUUCAAACUUGGGUAAGUGUGUCGUCUUCCACCUUAAGUUUGACUUUAAAGUGAAUCAGUACCAGUAAAUCACAGAAUAUAAGGAUAUGGAAUCAAAAUGAAAUUUGAUGGUAAAGAGAUUUUUCUUGUCAUAUAAUCCUCACCCAGUUAUACCACUACUUCUAUAGGGAUGCCAAUUACAGAAUGGUUAUAUACUGCGAUAAACCCAAUGUCAUACGCCUGUCUUGUUUUUAUACAUAUAUUUUAAACCACCAAAAAUUGUGAAAAUGUGUUGAAAAUAGAAAACAUUAUUAUUUUUAAAAAUCAAAACCCACCGGGUUUUGCUUCUAUCUCAGUCAGAAAUUGUACUGUUGACAGGAGCUGGCACAAAUCACAUCCUGUGACAACAAAAUUGACUUUUUAAAGGUAUGUUAAAAACACUGCCCAUUUGCUGUAAAUGACUGCUUGCGUGUAACUCCCCUAAUAUAAAGAACCCCCAGCAAGGUUUUGGGUGCUUAUCUAUGCGGCAGGCGGAUUAUUUCCUUGGCUACUUAACCGGCUCUAGAAAUAUAAGCUUAUAUAUACUGAACCUUGUCUUGUAAUAUAAAAAACUGUUACUCUGUACUGUACAUUUCAAUGACAGCUUAGAAAUUUUAGAUCUGUUAUGUGACAUACAUGUCACAACCUCAAAGCCACACUUGCUGUAUACAUUUAAGUGUGACAUUUACUGUGUUUUUGCAAUUGUCGAAUCUGUAUGCCUGCUUACAUUAGUGUUUCUACACUAUGCAAUAGCAGAAGAAGAGAAUGCACACAAUAGUCACUGCAGCUACUGUGGUCAUUAAUUAAUUAGUCAUAUAGCAAACACUUUUAUCCUAGGCUAGACUGCUGCAGUCACUUCCAAUAGGACCUAGUUUUUACAUCUCACCCAAAGGACUGUUUCAGUGGCUGAGCCAGGAUUUGAACUGGGAACCUCCUAGUCCAAGCCUUUUUUUCUUAAUCACUGGACCAACAAGCCUACCUAGUUGCUAUUGUAAAUACUGAGAAGCCAUUUUUACCAUUACAGUUAAUUAUUAUUUACCAUUUAUUAUUUGCAAUUUAUUAUUCUUAUUUGAACCAUUAAUUGUAGCAGAUGAAAUGGAGCUGGAAAUGUGCAUGUGAUGGCUAUAGGUCAUGGUGAACUAUUUUUUCAAGUUACUGAUGGCUCAAGCUUUUUAAUUACAAAUGUCACUGACACACUUGUUUAUGCAUUGAAAAGCUUUUUGAAAAAUCUAGUGUUGCUUGUCCAGCUGGCACCGGGUCAACAGUUGUUCAGAAGAACCAGAAAUCAAACCAAAGCCAUGCUGCAAUGAGACGACUUCCACCUGACCACUGCUUGACUCAUGAGUGUGAGGCAAUCUAACAAGCAUUGUACCCUGCAGACACAAGGAGGCGAUGUUACACAAAACGAGCAUAAAGACCUUUAUUAGGUUGCUAAAGAACCAACAUUGCUAAGAACAGCAAAGUGCAUUGAACAGUACAAACUAUUGAUCUGCCUUUUUAUAGUAUAUACCACUCCGCCCCACUUCCUUAGCCUCACUACUGUACAUUAUGUACAGUACAUUUAAAUCUUGUAAUCCUAAUUCCAGUGUGAAUUGCUAAAUAUUACUGGAUAGAGACUUUUUUUGUUUGGGGGUUCACUUUGUGAACUUGGCUUUAGUGCAUUCUCUUUGCUGUAGCUUAAUCCUUUAAUCACUAAUAACAACUGAACACUACAAAAAGGUGCCUGGGACCUGCAGUUCAGGUGUCAAAUUACUUUAGAAAUAGUUUUUUGGUUAUAUUUUGAGUUUACAG